UAGAAAACAAGAUUCAAAAUUUGGGAACUUUUCUGAUUUUUACAAACAAAAAAAGUUUUUCUUUUUGCCAUUUUUGGUAAAGCAAAAACAGAGUUUGACUUCUUCUCUUCUGUUCAUCAAUAUCAAAAAUGGCUUCUUCAGAUCUUUAUAUCUUUGAUGGGUCUUCUUCAUCUUCUUCCUCAAUUUUCCGAAAUUCUAGUCCAGAAAUGUUUUCUUCAGACACAACAACUAUAGAUUUGUUAUGCAACAACGAACUUUACUCUGUUGAUGAAUCUCUCAGCAUUUUUGACCAGUUUACCCCUCACCUCCUCUCUUCAUCUCCUCCAAGCGAUCUUCUUGGAACCCUAACUCUCUCUCAUCAAAUUCCCACCGGAUUAUAUCCAGAUUUCUCCGAUGCCGUCAAAGCAGAGCAGUUUUACGGCGGCUCCGGUCAUAGUCAAACGGAAACGGUUGCAUCAAUGGCGCGAAGCUACAGUGCGAUAGAGAAUGCAGGGAGGUAUAUGCAGAGAAGCUUUAGUAGCAACUCUGUCGACGGAAAACCAAAUCAGACUCCGUUCAACAACAUUCCGAUAACGGAUUCCUUAAAUCCCCACUACAAUACCUUGAACUCGCCGGAAAAUGACUUCUUUUCCGGUCAGAUGAUGCGACGAGUCUACAGCACAGGAGAUUUGCAGAACCCAAGAAGAAAUUUUACCGAGCAGAUAUCGUCGGAGAACUCCUCUGCGCCGUUUUCCGAUGAACAGAACUUUAAGGUGGGACGUUAUAGUGCAGAAGAGCGUAAAGAGAAGAUCUCAAAGUACAGAGCAAAACGAAACCACAGAAAUUUUACCAAAACUAUUAAGUAUGCAUGCCGGAAAACGUUGGCGGACAGUAGACCUCGAAUACGUGGCAGAUUCGCACGUAACGACGAAGUUGUAGAAAUCCCCAACAUUGAAGACGACGACGCAGAGCUUUGGAAAUGGGAUGGGUUGCAUGAGGAAGAGGAAGCUUUUAUGAGCAGCUUUGGGGCGCAACAGUCUCAUUUACAAUACACAACUUCGUCGGCUUCUUCUUCUUUCUGGUGAAAGAAACACUCGUAAUAAGACCAACGGUCCUAUAAUAAUUUUUAGAAGAAUGUAAAUUUAAAUAAGACAAUGUAUUUGUUUAUAGUUAUUUAACUUUUAUUUAUUAAAAAUGACUUGUCAGUUGUCAGUUGUCCUUUCUUUU